CCUACUGUAACGUCCCCAUCAUUUCCAUAAACGAGCGUCAGUUUCGCUGCAUCACACACACCGCUGUCAAUUUGCGCGUUAUGUGGGGUGGAUUUAUCAUUCAGUGCAAUGCAGUUUAGAGCUACGGUUCUCGUUUGCACGGUAAAAUCCGACUUGAAGGCUCCGAGAGAGCUAUAUUAAAAGUACUAAACAUAACAUGGCAUCGGACAGAAUUUGCCAUGCCGUCGCACCAUCACAAGCCAGUUGAGUUCGGAACAGAGAUCUAAAUGGAAGCCUGAAGAAAGUGGGGUUAGGCGGCCAUGGACCUGUUCAGCCAGCUGAUCCUAGUCAUCUUGGUCACCAGUUUCCUCUCCUUCCAGUGGCUCUUCCACCGGGUCAGUCCCUGGGUCUCCCCCCGCGCCAGUCCUGGCUUCCUACGCCUGGCAGACCAGCAGAAAGUGGAAUGGAACUCAAGGACGGUGUCCACACUUCAUGCCCUGGUGGUGGGGUUCUUUUGCCUCUACAUCCUGCUGUUUGACGACGCCGUCAAUGAAGACCCCGUCUGGGGAGAUCCCACACUUGUGAAGAUAAAUGUUGGCAUGACAACAGGCUACCUCAUAUCUGAUCUGCUGUUAAUAUUUUACUAUUGGAAGGCGAUAGGCGACAAGUUUUUUGUAGUGCACCACCUGGCUGCGCUGUAUGCUUACUACUAUGUACUGAGACAAGGAAUGUUGCCUUAUUUUGCUAACUUCCGUCUGCUUGCAGAGUUCUCCACGCCGUGUGUGAACCAGCGCUGGUUCUUUGAAGUGUUAGGUUACCCCAAGUCCUCCAAGCCCAACAUCGCUAACGGGAUGGCAAUGGCCCUGGUCUUCUUCCUGGUUCGCAUCGCCGUCAUGCCCCUCUACUACAGCCGCAUGUGGUCUGUGUACGGCACCGAAGCCUUUUACCGCGUCCCGCCGGAAGGCCGCGCUGCCUGGAUCAUCUCCAGCGUCUCGCUGGAUGUCAUGAACGUCAUGUGGAUGCAUAAGAUCGCCCGCGGCUGCUACAAGGUCAUGUGCUCGGCCCGACGGCACAAAGUGGAGACACGAGAUAAUGGAAAGACUGACUAAGAAGCAAGAGGGAUGGUUGAUGUAAUGGUUAGGGGAAACCCAUUGAACCACUGUCCCCUUUGUAGUGCACAAUUGGAUUAGUACCUGACUGUUUCAGGGGUCAACUAACUCACACCAAAAGCCAAGUCUCACACAGACUGAAUUUUAUGCUAGUUGACGCAGCACAUUUUUGCUCCCCUUUUGAGAUUGGAGCAUUGUGCUGGAUGUGGACAAAGGGACAAUAACUGGGGCAGUGGUUGGUGAAACUGUUAGCAACACUUUCUGUGCAUGGCCAAUUAUUUUUCUGUGCAUUUUAUCACAAAAGAGGCAUGUCUGGGAUGACGUGUCUGUUUUUCCCCAGCACUUCACCAAGUCAAACGUUUACUGCUUGUUCCAGACCAUAGACUCAAUGUGUGAUGUUCAUGUGCUCCCCAAAGGAACAUGAAGCCCCUCACUUAAUGUUGCUCUUUUUAAUAUUCUGGUUGUCUGAAUCCCAUAGGUUAUAGAUUUACAUUUUGAACACAGAGGAAUUAAUUAUUGUUCAAAUGGUGAGUACAAAUAAAAUAACAGUUUUUGAAAAUCAGUUUUUUGGGACACAACCAACCCAACCAACCUAUCUAACCCAAAUAGCCCGACCAACCCAAAUAGCCCGACCAACCCAAAUAACCCGACCAACCCAAUUAACACAUGCAGGAAAUCUUGUUGUAAUUGUGUCAUUAAAAAUCUGCUGUCUGUCUGCUGAGGAAGGGCGGAGUCUAGCGUCUUCCUGUUUAAACCCAAACUGACUGUCUGUCAGAACACUGGAUGGACAUCUAGUGCAAUCAAACCUAUAUCCAAGAUGAGUGAGUUCAACUGAAAGAAACCUCUCAGUGAGACACUCUGAUACAGAGACCGGCCCUGGCUCAAAGACAGACAGACCCCUGGCUCAAAGACAGACAGACCCCUGGCUCAAAGAAGACAGACAGACCCCUGGCUCAAAGACAGACAGACCCCUGGCUCAAAGACAGACAGACCCCUGGCUCAAAGACAGACAGACCCCUGGCUCAAAGACAGACAGACCCCUGGCUCAAAGACAGACAGACCCCUGGCUCAAAGACAGACACACCCCUGGCUCAAAGAAGACAGACAGACCCCUGGCUCAAAGAAUACAGACAGACAGACAGACAGACAGACAGACAGACCCCUGGCUCAAAGAAUACAGACAGACCCCUGGCUCAAAGAAGACAGACCGACCGACCCCUGGCUCAAAGAAUACAGACAGACAGACAGACCCCUGGCUCAAAGAAUACAGACAGACCCCUGGCUCAAAGAAUACAGACAGACCCCUGGCUCAAAGAAGACAGACAGACCCCUGGCUCAAAGAAGACAGACAGACCGACCGACCCCUGGCUCAAAGAAUACAGACAGACCCCUGGCUCAAAGAAUACAGACAGACCCCUGGCUCAAAGAAUACAGACAGACAGACAGACCCCUGGCUCAAAGAAUACAGACAGACAGACACGACCCCUGGCUCAAAGAAGACAGACAGACCCCUGGCUCAAAGAAGACAGACAGACAGACCGACCCCUGGCUCAAAGAAUACAGACAGACCCCUGGCUCAAAGAAGACAGACAGACCCCUGGCUCAAAGAAGACAGACAGACAGACCGACCCCUGGCUCAAAGAAGACAGACAGACCCCUGGCUCAAAGAAGACAGACAGACCGACCCCUGGCUCAAAGAAUACAGACAGACAGACCCCUGGCUCAAAGAAUACAGACAGACCGACCCCUGGCUCAAAGAAUACAGACAGACAGACAGAGACCCCUGGCUCAAAGAAGACAGACAGACCCCUGGCUCAAAGAAGACAGACAGACAGACAGACCCCUGGCUCAAAGAAUACAGACAGACCCCUGGCUCAAAGAAGACAGACAGACCCCUGGCUCAAAGAAUACAGACAGACAGACAGACCGACCCCUGGCUCAAAGAAGACAGACAGACAGACCGACCCCUGGCUCAAAGAAGACAGACCGACCCCUGGCUCAAAGAAGACAGACAGACCGACCGACCCCUGGCUCAAAGAAGACAGACAGACCGACCCCUGGCUCAAAUAGAGUGAGGCCUCCUAUGGGCCACUCACACUCUGGUGAAAGUUAAAGUUGGUAAAGGGGGAAAGUUAAAGAAGAAAUGUAUAAAUGGAUUCCUUACAUUUGUCCAGCCGGGUUCGAUUUAGAAGGAUUUUGGUUCUAAAUAUUCAUGUUGAUAUUUUUGUUUCAAUCAAAAAUGGGACUGAUGUGGGUACACUUUGCUGAUUAUGCCAUAGGAUAUGUCACGCUGCUUGCUUGUCUGACCAAAAGGAUGUCGAAAGGGAAACUUUGAGAAUGUGUGAGUUGAAGCGAUAGGGAAAUGCAUCGUGAGAGUUGUCAGCUGGAUUCUGACAUUCCUCUCUGAUUUUAUUUGCCCAGAUGAUAUAAGACGUGUGACCUUUUUGUCCUCAACAUUUUCAAUAAUUUAUUAGACUUUAAAUACCAUAAUCAUGGUAACAAGUUGUUUUUCUCUUUUUCCAAACCUACUGUCAAUACCAACGUAUCUAUACAGUCAACUGGUGCAUGCUGGAAUUAAUUGUAUGUACCGGGUAUCAGAUCAGUAUGGAACUUGAGGAUACGCCAUGUUUGGACGAGGGGCCAUUGGGACAAUGUUAUUGGAUGAGUUUGUCCCCUCUGAGCUCGACCAAUGGCUACUAACACUCACCUUGUUCUAAGAUCUUGGUGUAAGGAACUUCUUCUGAACCGCAUUAAAUAUUUAUUACCAGUUAUGUACUGGAGCAACUCCUCAAUGUUUGUGUCUACAUACACGGAGUGUACCAAACAUUAGGAACACCUUUCCUAAUAUUUAGUUUCACCCCCUUUUGCCCUUAGAACAGCCUCAAUUCGUCGGGGGCAUGGACUCAACAAUGUGUCGAAAGCGUUCCACAAGGGAUGCUGGCCCAUGUUGAUGCCAGUGACUCAACCCAGUGUGCCUGGCACCUACUACCAUACCCCGUUCAACGACACUGAAAUAUUUUGUCUUGCCCAUUCAACCUCUGAAUGGCAUACACAUACACAAUCCAUGUCUCAAGGCUUAACAAUCCUUCUUUAACCUGUUUCCACCCCUUCAUCUACAGUGGAUUUAACAAGUGACACUAAUAAGGGAUCAUAGCUUUCACCUGGUCAGUCUUUUCAUGGAACGAGCAGGUGUUCCUAAUGUUUUGUACACUCAGUGUAUUUUUAAUUUAAGGAUACGUGUAAUUUAUUUGGUAAGAGGUAUUCAUGAUGUAUCUUUUUUGUAGAUUUAUGAGGAAACGUUUUCAUGAUACAAGUAACAUACAUUUAUAAUCAAUGUAUAUUAUGCCUGCCUUUUCUCUGAGCAGUUUAGUUUAAUGGGCACAUACACGCAUUAAAGACUAUUACUUGUAAUUACUUAAGAUUAUUACUUAUGAAAAGGUGUGUCAUACCACAUUUGCAUUUUACUGACUGAAUUACUUUUUUAAAAACAAAGUAGAUUUGACAAAUGUUUUUGUGUGAGGAUACUUAAUAAGAAAUACUAGCAUUGUCCUCAUCCAAAAUGAAAAGUUUACUUUUCAAAAACCUUUUCAUUUAUUGACAUGUGUACUUUUAUUUUCUAUGGUGGACACAAAGAAGCAUAUUUUUAAUGGUCUGUGAAAUUAAAGAGGAUACUCCAGUCAUCA